AUGACCACUCCAAGCGCUAUUGUUGUGGGAGCUGGUGCCGGCGGCAUAGCCACAGCUGCUCGAUUAAGCAAGGCCGGAUACAAAGUCACCGUUGUCGAAAAGAAUGGCUUUGUUGGCGGUAGAUGUUCCCUCAUUCAUCAUGAAGACUACAGAUUCGACCAAGGUCCAUCCCUCUUGCUCAUGCCAGAGGUCUUUCACCAGACCUUCAGCGAUCUAGGCACAUCUGCAGAAGAUGAGAAAGUACGAUUUCUGAAAUGCGAACCUAAUUAUCGCAUCUGGUUCUCGGACCAUGAUCAUUUUGAAUUGUCGACUGAUCUUUGCAAAAUGAAACCUCAAAUAGAGCGGUACGAGGGCCAAGAUGGCCUGCAAAAUUUGUUGCGAUUCAUGAGAGAGUCCGGUCAGCAUUAUGACCUCUCCAUGAAGCAUGUUUUAUCCAAAGACUUUCCCAACCUGCUGGCUAUGCUGCGCCCGAAACUACUUGUGUCUUUGAUGGCCUUGCAUCCAUUCGAGAGCAUGUGGAGUCGUAUAGAGCGACAUUUCAAGUCGGACAAGCUUCGGCGCGCCUUCACUUUUGCUAGCAUGUAUCUUGGUAUGAACCCUUUUGAAGCUCCUGGGACAUAUUCUCUGCUGCAAUAUACCGAGCUAGCGCAUGGAAUUCUGUAUCCUGAAGGUGGAUUCGUGAAGGUCCUUGAAGCGGUGGCCAAUGUCGGCAAGCGGCUGGGCGUUGAGUAUCGCUUAAACACCGAAGUCGCAUCAAUCAUCUACUCCCCGGACAGCGAAGCUAAGGGUAUACGACUGAAGUCAGGCGAAGAGCUCUUCUCCGAUGUCGUCGUCAUCAACGCGGAUCUAGUCUACGCGUACAAUAACCUGCUGCCUCCCAGUGCUUACUCUCGAAGCUUGACCAAACGUCCGGCGUCUUGCAGUAGCAUCUCAUUCUUCUGGUCGUUCGACAGAAUCAUCCCGGAGCUGCACGUACACAAUGUCUUCCUAGCGGAAGAAUACAAGGAGAGCUUUGACGCCAUAUUCCACCGCCACCAACUCCCCAAUGAGCCAUCGUUUUACGUCAACGUCCCAAGCCGCAUCGAUCCCACUGCAGCUCCCAAAGGAAAAGACGCAGUGGUUGUGUUAGUACCGGUCGGGCACCUGGUGGACGACCCUUCUAAUCCCCAAGACUGGGACUAUUUAAUAAAGCAUGCUCGUGAUGUCGUUUUCAAGACUAUCGAAUCUCGAACAGGGGCCUCAGGAUUACGCGACAGCUUAAUCCAUGAGUCAAUCGAGACACCCACCAGCUGGAAAGCGAAAUUCAACUUGGAUCGCGGCGCGAUUCUCGGACUUUCACAUUCGUUCUUCAACGUUCUGAGCUUCAGACCCAAGAUUAGGCACCCUGAUAUUCAGGGACUGUACUUUGUGGGCGCAAGUACACAUCCCGGGGCUGGAGUUCCUGUUGCGCUUUCUAGUGCAAAGAUUGUGAGCGAGGGCAUAAUAGCGGACAUGUCUCGGAGAGGAAAGGGAAUCGUAUCCAAUCUCUUGAUGGGGCUUUGUUUUUUGUUCCCGAUCUUGGCCAUGUUGUUUUACUAUAAAGUCCCGCAAUAA